AUGGAUGAAGGAGGAGUUUGUUUUAAAUAUUAUAUGAUACUAAACAGAUUAAGUGUGGUUUCUAAUCAGUUCUUAUCGUGCAAAACAUCAUCGAAUAUAUGGAAAUUAGUUAAGCAAAUCACUGGUGGUAAACAUGUAAAUGAUGAUCCUUCUUCAGUUAAUGUUCGUACAUUCAAUGAUUCCUCCAUAAAUCGUCUACCGGAUGUUAUGAUUUCAAAUUCUAUAAGUGUAAACAAUGACCGCUUUUCUGGUUUUGAUACAGACGAUGUCCUCAAGUGUUUUCUAUGCCCCCAGUCCCUUAGUCCAAACGCUAUAACUGCUAUUGUCCACAGAAAAUGUGAUGAUGCUUUAUGUUAUCCUCCCAUUAGUAUUUUCAAUGAGUUAUUUUCCACUGAUGUUGUUUUACCUGCUUUAUAG